CGGCGCCGCCACUGCCGCUGCUUUGCGGGCUGUUUGCUGGUUCUCGUGACCGGAGGCUGUGGGUGGGGCCUCCGCGGGCACUGCGGAGCGGGCCGGGGGAGGCCGGGAUGGAGCCCCCCGGAGCACCCUCGUGUGGACCCUGAGGAGCUCUUCACCAAGCUGGAACGCAUCGGGAAGGGCUCCUUUGGGGAGGUGUACAAGGGCAUUGACAACCGCUCCAAGGAGGUGGUGGCCAUCAAGGUCAUUGACCUGGAGGAGGCUGAGGACGAGCUCGAGGACAUCCAGCAGGAGAUCACUGUGCUCAGCCAGUGUGAUAGCCCCUACAUCACCCGCUACUUUGGCUCCUACUUGAAGAGCACCAAGCUGUGGAUCAUCAUGGAGUACCUGGGUGGCGGCUCAGCGCUGGACCUGCUCAAGCCGGGCCCCCUGGAGGAGACCUACAUCGCCACCAUCCUGCGGGAGAUCCUGAAGGGUUUGGACUACCUGCACUCGGAGCGCAAGAUCCACCGUGACAUCAAAGCCGCCAACGUGCUCCUGUCGGAGCAGGGGGAUGUGAAGCUGGCGGACUUUGGGGUGGCGGGGCAGCUCACCGACACCCAGAUCAAGAGGAACACGUUUGUGGGUACCCCCUUCUGGAUGGCGCCUGAGGUCAUCAAACAAUCAGCCUAUGACUUUAAGGCUGACAUUUGGUCUCUGGGGAUCACUGCCAUCGAACUGGCCAAGGGGGAGCCCCCAAACUCCGACUUGCACCCCAUGCGCGUCCUGUUCCUGAUCCCCAAGAACAACCCACCCACGCUGGAAGGUCACCACAGCAAGCCUUUCAAGGAGUUUGUAGAGGCCUGCCUCAACAAGGACCCCCGAUUUAGGCCCACUGCCAAGGAGCUCCUGAAACACAAGUUCAUUGCCCGCUACACCAAGAAGACGUCUUUCCUCACCGAGCUCCUGGACCGCUAUAAGCACUGGAAGGCUGAGGGCCACGGCGAGGAGUCCAGCUCCGAGGACUCGGAUAUUGAUGGUGACGCAGAGGAUGGGGAGCAGGGCCCCAUCUGGACGUUCCCCCCCACAAUCCGUCCGAGCCCCCACAGCAAGCUGCACAAAGGGUCCGUCCUGCAUGGAUCUCAGAAGUCGGUGGAGCAAGUGCAGCGUCAGCCAAGGUCCCAGAGCCUGUCCACGCUGGUCCGGCCCGUCUUUGGAGAGCUGAAGGAGAAGCACCGGCAAAGCAGCGGGCGCGCGGGGGCCCUGGAGGAGCUGGAGAAUGCCUUCAGCCUGGCCGAGGAGUCCUGCCCCGGCAUCUCGGACAGGCUGGUGGCCCAUCUGGUGGAGCGGGUCCAGAGGUUCUCACACAACAGAAACCACGUGACGCCUGCCCGCUGAGGCCGCGCUGGCUGUU